AUCGUAUAACUUCUGACGUCUUUCCAAAUCUCAUGAAUCAGCAAAUUUCUUUUCCAUCCAUGUUCUCCGGGAGAACUUCAUCUCUGGAACGUCGUUCUAUGGUCAGAAUAAAAUAAAGCUGACCCGAUAACGCGGUUCCCCGAGCAGGAGACUCCGUCGAGGGACUCUCGAGCAGCAUAUAAGAGUAACGUGCCUCAACAUGCAGCAUAUGCAGCCUCGUAACUCAAUCUGCAGCUCAAUAUGCUCACCUCUCCAGUUAAAGCCUGCCUCUUUCUGGCACUUGUUGCUCAAUUCGUAACUGCAAUCCCAUUCCCUCCACCCACAGGAUCUUAUAACACCACGCUUCUCAUAUCAGAGCUCACCGAUGAUGCUCGCCUGGACCCCUUCGCUCCGACGAAACAACCAAGAAGGCUCAUGAUCUCCGUCUUUCACCCUAUUUCUCCAGCCGAAUGCUCCCCGUACCUCACUCUAGAUUUAAACCCCAUCACGGCCGCCUUCGAAGACGCCGCACUUGCGCAAUUUGGUGUUCAACCAGGCACGUUCGAGUCGCUGGACCUCCAAGUCUGCCAUUCCAGAGCAAAUCCCCACCAUCUUUCAACAUCACGGAAUUAUCCACUGGUUCUGUUCUCUCCUGGGUUGGCUGGAACCCGGCUUUUUUACAACGCCAUUGCUCAGCAGCUCGCGAGCAGAGGAUACACCGUCGUUACAAUCGACCAUGCGUACGAUGCCUCCAUUGUUACCUUCCCGGACAAUUCAACCAUACUAGCAGCAAACAUUACGACAGAAGCACAAAUUCUGCUAGAUCUCGAUGCUCGAGUGAAGGACGUUUCGUUUGUCUUGGACAAGCUUUCCGAGCCUUCCACAACCGCAAGAAUCAUUCCAAGCCUCGCUUGCAGACUGGAUGUGUCCAACACGGGAAUCAUUGGACAUUCGCUGGGCGGAGCUACUGCUGCUACAGCAAUGCUCCGCGAUUCCCGCUUCAUCGCGGGAAUAAAUCUCGACGGCUCUUUCUGGGGCGACGUAAUCCAGAAAGGUUUGGAUAAGCCGUUUCUGAUGCUAGCACACGAGGGGAAAAUUGAUCCCACUUGGGAAGCAAUAUGGCCUAACCUCACAGGUUGGAAGCGGGAGCUGAUGCUGGCAGGAAGUGCCCAUAAUACCUUCACCGAUUUGCCUGAUGUGGUUGAUGUACUUGGCAUUAGAAGAAGUUUACCUCCCGAAGCUACGGAUUUGCUAGGUACAAUUGGUGGAGCACGGGGUUUCGAGGUUAUCACCACCUAUGUGGAGGCUUUCUUUGAUUUCGUGAUGAAAGGAGAGAGUAGUGCGUUGUUAGACAAGCCAAGCAAGAGCUUUCCCGAAGUGUCUUUCGAAAGCCCUUGAAGGGAGGGCUGGUUGGGAUCGUGACUAUUGAACUCAAGAAUGGCCGUCAAAAGUACUGCUUUCAACAUAAUCUUUGGUUUAUUUCUGUAAUGGCAGCUACGCUCUAAAUGCAAUGUGCACAAAAGUGGGUAUCAAGUCGUGAAGAUGCAAGGAGAAAUCUUUC